GAUUUGCAACGGUUAACCGAAACAGCGGUUCGAGAGCUCUGAAAGUGACGCACGGAGUAAUCAACGCGGUGGCUUGGGGUUUACUCCUUCCGGCGGGAGCGGUAACAGCUAGAUACCUUCGUCAAAUGCAAUCAAUCGGACCAACUUGGUUCUACAUCCACGCAGCUAUACAGCUAACCGGUUUCCUCCUCGGAACUAUAGGCUUCUCAUUGGGGAUCGUGCUCGGCCGGAACUCUCCAGGAGUGACCUAUGGCUUACACCGGAGCCUCGGGAUAGCUACGUUCGUUGCGGCUGCGCUGCAGACGCUGGCGUUGCUGUUUAGACCAAAGACGACGAACAAGUUCAGGAGGUAUUGGAAGUCUUACCAUCAUUUUGUUGGGUAUGGUUGCGUGGUGAUGGGUGUGGUGAAUGUGUUCCAAGGGUUUGAGGUUUUGAGGGAAGGAGGGUCGUAUGCGAAGCUGGGUUACUGUAUGUGUCUGUCGACGCUGGUUGGGGUCUGUGUGGCCAUGGAAGUUAACUCUUGGGUUGUGUUUUGUCGUAAGGCUAAAGAGGAGAAGAUGAAGAGAGAUGGUUUGGUCGGCGAGGAUAGAUGCAGUGGGGCUCAUUCAUAG